GUAUGACAAACUCAUUAUCGCGGUCGGCUCUGUCAGCGCAGACCAUGGUAUUUGCGGGUUGGAACACUGCUUUCAGCUCAAGACGGUAAAAGAUGCUCGGAAAAUUAGACGUCGGAUUUUGGGUUCGUUCAUGCCUUGGAUUCUCCGAGGGACGUAGCCUUUAUCAAUCAAGACAGAAAACUUUGAAUCCGCUUCCGCCCCCAAUGUGACCCCGAAGAACGAAAACGCCUUUUGAGCUUUGUUGUUUGUGGUGGCGGUCCCACUGGUGUUGAAACUGCGGCUGAAAUCUAUGAUUUAUGCCAAGAGGAAAUUAUGGAUUACUUCCCUAAGGUUGUUCGAGAGCAAGUGUCGAUCCACAUCAUUCAGUCUAGAGAUCAUAUUUUGAACGCUUAUUCCGACGCUAUCUCUAAAUAUGCGGAGGCGAAAUUCAAACGCGAUGGAGUCAACGUCAUUGUCAACUCUCGCGUGAAGGAGGUGACCAACGAUCGUGUCACAUACUCAUACGAGGAUGCGAACACCGGAAAGGUUGUCGAGAAGUCUAUCCCAAGCAAUUUUGUCCUGUGGUCCACUGGUAUCGCCAUGAACCCGUUUACUCAACGUGUCAGUGACCUGCUUCCGAACCAGGUUCACAAAAAGGCAAUUGAGGUCGAUUCCCAUUUAAGAGUGAAGGGUGCGCCACUAGGAACCGUUUACGCACUUGGGGAUGCAGCAACUAUUGAGACGUCCGUGAAUGAUUACCUCCUUGAACUCGUCGACGAGUCGGACAAGAAUAAGGACGGGAAGAUAGACUUUGACGAAUGGCAGAACAUGGUAACUGCCAUCAAGAAGAAGGUGCCCAUGACCUCAGCCCACUUGACCCAAAUUCGUGCUUUGUUCGAACAAUACGACGCUCAUCAUGACAAUUCCUUGAGUUUGACUGCGCUCCAGGAACUGUUGGCCGAUGUUGCCAGGAAAGUUACCGCAUUACCUGCGACAGCGCAAGUCGCUUCUCAGCAAGGAAAAUACCUUGGACGCAAGCUGUCUGUUCUCGCGAGACAGCAUGAAACCCUCGCUGCUAAUGAAAUUAUGGAUGAGAAUGGCGACGCAGUGUACAAGCCUUUCAAAUAUCACCAUCUGGGAAUGCUUGCCUAUAUUGGCAAUGCCGCGGUAUUUGAUUUUGACGGCUUGUCCUUGAUGGGAGGAUUGGCGGCCAUGUAUGCAUGGCGCUCUAUCUACUGGAGUGAGCAGGUAUCCAUGAGAACAAGGGCCCUCCUGAUGUUCGACUGGAUUCUUCGCGGUGUGUGGGGAAGGGACCUCUCAAAACUGUGAUAUAAUUUCCACUUCAACUCUUGUCCUAGCUCGGAUUUGCACUAGACCUGCUACGAUGAAUGG